AUGGCCAGCUGUUGGGAUCCAAGCAGCUCAGCAGCGACAACCAAGGAGAAGGCUCUACUGUCUGGCGGAAAGAGCCCUUCGCCCGAGUAUCUCCAUCGACUCUUCUUGGAGGAACUGCAUAAGCCUUUGUUCCGCAUGUUCGCGGACCAGGGCGAGAAGUGUCGCGAGGUUUCGCUGUCGAUGACGUUGCGCUUCGCGGAUCUGCUGCCGCUGCAGGACGUGGAGAACGUCCUGCCGCUGCUGCUUGCAGCCCUGCUGGGCAGAUUUCGUAGUCAUCCAUUCCCAGAGCAGAGUGAGGAGCUUCGCCUUGAGGCCCUUCGAGUGCUCAGCCACCUCUUCGAUGUCUGCAAGGAGAAGUUGAACCCGUUUGCCAGCGACAUUUUGGACGCUCUCUCCAAGGCGUUGACGGAUAGCUGUCCCGAUGCAAAGAAGGAAUGCUGCGAGAUCACCAAGAAGGUGAGCCAGUACUUCGAUGCGGAGCGGGUCAGCCGCGCGGGAAGUCCGUUGGUCGCAUCAUUGCUUGCCAACCUCAAGCAUCAGCAGUGGAAGGUGAGAAGAGCCACGCUGGAGAGCAUUGGAGCUCUGUUACUUCAGGAGGCGACCAUGAUGGAUCACAUGGAGGACGUGCUCCCACAUCUCAAUGCUUUGCUGAGCGACAGGACACCUGGGGUAAGACAGAGCCUUGCUGAAAUUCUGGAGAGGUGGCUGUUGAAAGGCUUGAGCUUCCGGGUGCUACCAGCCAGCAAUAGUUUUGAUGAUGAUGGGCCUGAAGGCUUCGAGAAGUUCGAGUCCCGGCUGCUGAUUCUUCUUCUAGGUGUUGCAGCAGAUGAAGAAGCGGAGCAGGCACCACACCCUGGCCUAUUUGGCGAAACAGCCAUGCUGAAAGUCACGGGUUUGGCCGGGGAUGUGAUCUGUGUUGUGAACAUCUCGGACCGGAGCCUGGAGCGUGUCUCUGACCUCAAGGAGGAGAUCUGCCGAGUCUCCAAGAUCUCUCCGAAGCUGCAGAAGCUGCUGCUGGGGGAUGCCAUUCUCCAGAACUGCGACCGUCUCCAAGAGGUCCUGAAAUCCUCCGAGGCCGAGAUCCAGCUGAUCCGCUUCGACAAAUGGUCCGAGGAGGUCACAAGAGACUGGAAGCGCCUGCGCAAGGCCUCCCAGGCCGUGCGCAACGACCGGGACUUGGUGAUGGCUUGCAUGGAUGCCAGUGAAGGGGAAGCCAUCAAAUUUGCCGGGGAGGACGUUCGGGCGGAUCGCGAGAUCAUGCUGGCGGCCAUGAAAUUUAACCGCUCGCUGUGUCGCUAUGCGCGAGGAGACUUGCACACGGACCGCACCUUCCUGUUGGCUGCGCUGGACAACACGGGUUUCUUCCCGCGCUUCUCUGGUUGGCUACGAUGGCAAGCGUCGCCAGAGCUAUGUGCAGAUUACGACUUCUUGCUCAAGAUGUUGGCCAAGGACGGUGCUUCAUUUCGAGUGGUGCAGGAGGAUCUGAGGUCCAAUCCCACCCUGGCGACUGUGGCCAUCCAGAAUUCUCCUGCAGCCUUUCGCUUCGCUGGGGACGCGCUUAGAGGGAAUCCCACUGUGGCGGGGUUGGCAGCGAAACUGGACCCGUUGAAUCUGGAGUUUGUGGCCGAGAACUUGAAGGCGGACAGAGCCUUUGUGCUUGAAGCAUUGGAGGUGAGAACUUUGGGUGGCUAUUCCAAUUCCAUCUUGAAACACUUGCCCUUACCGCUGCGAUCCGACUUGGAAGUGGUGUCCAAGGCUUUGGCUUACAUCUCUCCAUACUUCCUCUCCAAGGAGUUGGAAUACGUCAGCAGCGAGCUCAGGAACCACCCCGAGAUUCGGAAGUUGCAUCCCUACGGGCCCUACGGGCACCGUGGCGCGGAACCGGUGCGCUGUCGUCCUGCGACGAGCAAAAGAACGGCCAAAAAGGAGGAGGACGACAUGUCACAGCUGCACUUGAGCCAAGAAUGGGCCCUGGACAAGGCCACCCAGCAGCUGCCCUCCUUCUGGUCGGAGUUGGUGAAGAUCGAUCCCAUGGCCUUGCGAUGUUUGAGUGAAGAUGCUCGGCAGAACCGGCAGCUGGUCAUGACUGCGGUGAAGAAAUGUGGCUUGGCCCUGCAAUAUGCCAGUGCUGAGUUGAAAGAAGAUCGAGAAGUGGUGAAGGUGGCAUUGAAGGAGAGCAGCUGGGCGUAUGAUUACAUCCCUGAAUCCCUGCGAUUGGACCGGGAGAUUGCUGUUCUGGCGUUUCGUUUGCACCGGAUGAAACUGCCCAAGCAACUCUUGAACGACAAGGAUGCAGUGGUAGCGGCAGCAGAAAUUGCCGCCCGAAGAGCCGAAAAUCCUGGAGACUGGGGAUACUGCAACUUUGACCAAGCUGGCCACGACAGGAAGGGGCCCCCGAUCACCUUAUCAUGCUGUUGGUCGGAGCAGGGGGUGAGCUCCUUCAGAGGAGUCACCCCCAAGAAGAUGGAGGGUUUACUCAGUUUUGCCCGAAGAGAAGGGCUGACUGAGGAAGAAGCCCAGAAAGUCCUGAGGUUGAACCGUCCAGUAACAGAUGCUGGAUGGGUUGAAGCAGAAGACUUGGGAGAAGAAGCCCUGUUGAUUGCAAAGGAAACUAUGGAGGCGGGCAGGUACCUUGAGUACGCCUGCUAUGAAUCAACAGGGGCACCCCAAGGGCGAGCAGUGUUGAAGCUGCAGAGCUGGGAAGAAGAGGGCGUUCUGACAGGCUCCCAUGGGGAGUGUUCAGACCCCUACUAUCAGUGGUAUGCUGACCACGACAUCCGAGACCGUGGGGCCGUGUACCACGUGUGCACGGGCAAGCAUUCCACUUGCCGGUUCAAGCUGCCGAGCGGAGACAGGAGGAUUGUGAUUCACCUGGACCGAUGGCGGUUGCUGAGCCCGGCAAUCAUGAUACGGUCAGACUAUAUGAAAGAAAAAGGUGAGACAUGGGGCAGAGUAGUCCUCAAGGAAGCGGCAGCGGCAAAGGCGCCAGGCGGGCCACCCCAUAGGCCCCCAGGGGAUUCGGGGAUUGAGGCCGCUCUGGCUGAGGCUGCUGAAGGUGGUGGUUUUCCCCCGCCUGCCCCCGAGAGACGGGGGCCGAGGGAAGAGAAAAGGCGCAGGUCGAAAUCUCCCAGCCGAAAAAGGAGAAACAAAGACAAGUCGAAGAAGGAAAGAGGCAAGGGGCGCCGGGGAGAUUCUUCCGAGGAUUCUUCGGGUGCCAAGUCCUCAUCGGGCAGUUCGCAUUUUCAAGCAGCCCCAGCCCGGGGGGGCGAGCUUUGGCGACAAGCCCAAAAGAAACCCGGGCGGUUGGCACAGAAGUCCCUAGACGAGAUGUGCCGAUAUCUCGCCGACCAGCUGGCAUGGGCCGGUCAGAAGGUAGUGGCCUACCUGAAUCAGGUGGUGCUGGUGAACCACCCUCCAGCUCGCAUGGGGGUCAGAUCCCACCGAGAGAUGGUGACCCUGGCGAUGACCAUAGACGAGCUGCUGGGAGGGAGGAUCAUGCAUGCCUUGGACCUGUUGCUGCAGAGGUUCAAAGCGAUAGAGGCCUCCUUCGAAGAGGGAGGUUGGCAGACAGCACGGCACCUGGAGCUCAUUCCAGGAGGCGGAGCCGGUCUCUUGAGAGAAGACGAGAGGGCUGCCGCAGCGAAGGCCGAGAUCCAGGCAUCAAAGCUGAGGGAGGGCCUGGCCAAGGGAGAAGUCCGUGAGCCAUCAAGAGCGAAAAGAGAGCCCCUUGAGAGGCCGUCAGGCCGCUUGGACGAAGACGAGGGCAGAUCAAGGUCAGCACGUGACCUUCGAAGAGAAGAGAGCCCAGCACGAGAAAGGAGAAGGAGAAGGUCAAAAAGGGAUCGCUCCCGUCGUGAUCGUCGACGACGGGCCGGACAAGAGUCACAACCAAGAUCAGCCCCUCCAGAAAGGGUCAAAAGGGAAGAUGAAAGGAGGAGGAAAGGGCAAGAGAAGCCGGCUAGCCUGGAAGGCGAGCAAGUUCGGCAGACCAAAAGGGAGCCAUCAGAAAGGAGUCGGCAAAGCAUCAAAAGGGAGCAAAGCAGGUCCUCCAGGGGACGAAUCUCAGCCACCCCAACGCGUGGUGAUGUCGACUUGAGGCCCCCAGCAAGUAGAUUCCUUCGGGAGUUUCUUCAUGCGGAGGAGACCGGGAACCUGUCGGCGGCUCAACUGAUCCGUCACCUGGUCCUCCAACUGAUGGAGACUGACUCGCCGCUCAAAGAAUACAUGCUCUGGUCUCUACAGUCCCCUACGCGGAGAGAGGGCAGGAUGCUGAAUCUGUUCCCCCUCCCGCUUUGGUUUGAUGGCCGGGAAGCCCUAAAUGAGAUUUUGGAUGAAGCUCAAGUACGUGACCAGCCAGGAGGUUGGCGGAACAGAGGCCGCACCAAGUCGAAGGCAGCCAAGGCCCUGAGGGGUAAUGGCUUAAGAGCUUGGCAUGGCCUGGUUGUGGUGGCCUUGAAUCAUCUAUAUGGGGAUGAGCCAAGAGGUGAAAGGCCAUGCCCUGGGGGGCAAGCGACGGCAGCCCAGGAGCAGGCUCUGAAUACCCUUUGGGAGCUUGUGAAGUCCUUCGUGGACGAACGAGAGUGGGCCGGGGUCCCUAGAACUUCUCAGGAAGAUUGGGGGAACGCCUUGGACGCGUUGAAGGUCAGCUACACUGGUGAGGUGUUGGAAAAGGCAGUGCCGCUCACCCUGGCCCAGAUACUCCCGGGGCUUCCGAGUGUGGAACAUGGGGGGUCAGUGGACAUCAUGGAGGAGGCGCUGAAGCACCCCGAAAAGAUGAUGGUGGAGCCACCUCAAGGCCCGAGACCUAGACCAAAGGUUAGGGUAGCCGAUGGGGAGUGGCCCAAGAUAGCGCGGGCCAUGUUUGACCGAGGGCUGGUGCGACCUGUAAAUCACUGCCCUGUGCUGGAUGGUGAAAAGGUGGUGAACGGCGCUUUUGGUGUGGCCAAACCUGACAAAGUAACCGCUGAAGGUGAUUCAGUGCUGCGGCUUAUAAUGGACCUCAGAGCCACCAACUAUUGCAUGAAGCAAAUAGAGGGCGAUGUCGGGCACCUCUGUGGGGCGACCUCAUUUCAGAGAAUCGUCAUUGAAAGUGGCGAGGAGCUCCUGGUGAGUGGUGAAGACCUGACUGCUGCGUUCUAUCUGUUUAGACUCCCGGAGGAGUGGAGCAAGUAUAUGGUACUGGAAAAGCCGGUGGCUAGGUCCGAUCUGGGACUGGCAGGUGAAGGCGAGACCCUGCUGGGAAUUGCGGUCCUGCCCAUGGGUUGGCAUUCGGCCGUCGGCCUGAUGCAGGCCUGUCAUAGGACCAUUGCCCUGAGGAGUGCCUCCCUGGGUGGAGCCGGCCUGAGGCCUCUGGCGGAAAUUUCCAAGACCGCAGUCUUCCCUGAUCUGGAUGAAGCCGCGGGGUGGAGCAUCUACCUGGAUGACACCACGGUCCUCGAGAAGGUCCAAGCGGUGGUAGCGGAAGAAUUGGGUGGCACCCCGGCAGAGGAACAGAAGCAACUCCGCGAGGCCUACGCGUGGUGGGGUAUCCCGACCAACGAGGCUAAGAGCCUGGAGCGCGUGAGGCAGGCUGAGAGGCUUGGUGCACUGAUGGAUGGCCAGCAAGGGGUCUUGAGGACAAAGACCAAGCGAUAUCGAAAGUUUGGCACCGCUGCUGUGCUGUCGUUGCUUUGCGACACAGGACCCACUGCAGUCCUGGCAGGUCGGUGGGGCUAUAGGAAAGCUUCCUCGGGAUUCUUGGCUGCAUACAGGUUUGGAAAGAUGUCGAACAAGCUUGCAGAUGAGAUUUCUUCUGCAGAGCUGGACGCGCUCAUGAAGAACGCCAUUUCAGUAGUGGAAUCCAAUUUUGAUGAGAGCCACCUACCCGUGUUGAUGGAAGUCUGCGACGACAUUGUUGAGCAGAUGGCACAUGAGCAUGCGCGUGCGCUUCAGCCAGAGGGUGCAGAUGAAUUGCCGGUGCAAGUCAAAUCGAUGGCUAUUCAGUCAUGCACAGCCACCGAAAUGUUCUUUCGGUGCAGCUGUGACUAUCCGCAGGUGCAGGUAGGCGCUUCAAAGCGCGACGUACAGACCACUAGAUUGUGGUGGGGCCAAUGCAUAAAUUGCGACGAAGCGUACGAAUUUUGGGAUCUUUUUGGAUUAACCGGCGACAAGACUUCUGGUGUGAAUCCCCACGCCUCCAUGCUGAACACAUUGAUCAACCAGGGUCGGACUAAGCGCGCCACACGCACAUCCACCAACUACGGCGAAGGUGUUCGAGCAAAGCCAAUUUCUCUAAGUGUCUUGGGAAAUGGGCAUCCCAAGAGGGUGGUGGCUAUGGAACGUGGGCUCAUCGGAAAUCACACAGUGGCGUGCAAAGAGAGGUUCUUGCUGGUCACAGACCACUCUGUUGCACGCCAUGACAAAUUGCCUCCUCACAUUACGUCCAGCAGCGGAAGUCGGUACACUUGGCUUCCGCUCACUCCCUUGCAGGCCAAGGUGUUUCAGUGGCAAGACUUGCUGAACAACCCGGCAUACUUCAAGCAAGCCGGUAGCCUCCAGGUGACCGAGGAUGAUGAUGUGGAAGACAUUGACCAGCCGGGUCUUGAAACAGAGGGCCCGCCACAUGGUUUUCCGGUGGUUUUGCCAGAUGGGGUGCCAUCCCGUGUGCGCUAUGUGCGUCAACCAGGACAGGCUCUGGUCACAGAAUUUCGUAUCUCCAGCAGAUGGACUCUGGCAGAUCCUACUGAUCACAUCAAGGAAGGCAAUCAAGUGGCGCAAUCUGUGAGGGCCCAGCAAGCUGCGACAGGUGAAGAUGAAGCGAUGCACGCAAAUGCCGCCGGACUCCAGGGGCAACUUGCUGCAGCCAUUUCCGUCCUCGACCUGGCUGGGGGCGGUGGACACUUCGAUGCCAACGGAGCCUUGAUUAUCAAAGCCGAGCAUGUGCAGGUUGCCUGCCGGCUGGUUGAGAUUGCCUUGCAGAUUCGACAUAUUUUUCGCCUCCCCCUCGAUGAUGACCUCUCCGAUCAAGAGAAUGUGGAGCGCCCUGAGAUACCUGUGCACGGAAACUAUGAGCGCAAGUUUGGUGAGGCGCUGGCAACCCAAGGAUUGCCUGCGCUGCCACCCGAGGAAGAAGAGGCAGUUGCCGAGGCAGAGGCAGAGGAAGAAGAGUUGCUCCCUCCCGAGGAGUCUGCAGACCACCAUGAGGCUAGCGAGGAGCCUUUGCCCACAAUUUUGUCCUGGCGCGACAUCCUUCCGGAAGAGCCUUUCUUCAAGAAAGGGCUGGCGGACAACGAUGAGAUGGUUUUUCCCUUCCCUCUGCAAGACCGUCAGCUUCUUCGAAAAAUUCUUCUUCACGGAGGCAGCGAGUUCAAGGUUUCGUACGAGGUGCAAGACAAGGCAAAGAUGUUGAUUCGUUGCACUGACGAUGCCAUGCGUGAACACACAGAUUUGUUUACCGGACAGGUCAAGUCUGUGUUGCAGAAGGCGGUGCAGCGCUAUCCACGCAUUGGCUCUUUGAAUGUUUCAAGCAAGGUUACUGGGCGUGCUUGUGUGAACUCGUGCGGUGGUGCGCAGAGGUGCUGUUGCCCCGUCUGUGAGUCUCCUUUGCAACAGCGCCGGCCGCGUCAGCGGGGCGCCGUGCAAUGUCAGUUGAUUGCUGAGGUCUUGAUCAACGGCAAAUGGGUCAAGCAGGUUGAUAACCCUCAUCCGCUCUAUUUCUUUGUCAGCAAGAAGCUAGGUGUUGCUGGCAGCUGGCUGCGGAGGUGGCGCUACAGGAUGUACCUGCAUCGUGCUUCCUUUCUGCACGAAGGCGUGCUGCUGCGUCUCUUGGACCCAACUGUCCAAGCACGCGUGCGGGUGCAGCUAGCCCGCGCCUGGGGCCGCGAAAUCUUGUGGCGCAGGUCUGCUGACGCAGAGCCAGUGGUGCGUGAGCGCCUUGCUUCGCAACUCUUGGCUUUACCUUUGGAGAAGCUGUUGGAAGUCAAUUGGUGUUGGUAUGAGCCAAUGAUGUUUCAAAGGCGGUGGACACAACUCCUCACCUCCGGCGACCGUCUCGACAUCUGCGCAAUCGAUGGCAACGCGCAGUUGCACAGGCGCACUUGUGGACAGCCGCAUGCGGAAGUUGUCUACUAUCCAGCUAUCGAAAAAUUUCUUUUGCGAGCCUGCUCCCGCAGCCCUCAUGGCAGGGAAACCUUAUGUCCUUUCCAUGCAUCACAAAGAGAUUCACUCUUGCAAGCGAAUCCUGGCGAAGGCGAAAUUGCUUCUCACCGCUUGAAAAGGGCUUUGUACGCAGAAUCUGAUGUCAGCUACCUUGAGGUCAAGAUGGACGGCUUCGCUGGGUGGCAGCCGGCAGAGACAGUCAACCAGACGGUGCUGAACCGUUACUUUGCAAAACUGGCUGAUGGCACCAUCCGCCGCAGGCCCCGGAGCCGCAAGUACUUGGCUCCUUGGUCUUCAGAGCAAGCGCGGGCAGAGAGCUCCUGUCAGACGCACAAGGAAGGCGAGCAGCACGUUGCUGCAGCAUCCAAGUCGGCUGGCUUCUUGCUGGCGGUGAGUUCUGGAGGAAUGAUUGUCGAUAUUCAAGAGCUGGUGUGUGCAGAAAGUUUAUCCCAACGUUAUUGUUUUUUGAGUACAUUGGCUACUCGCUGGCCACAGCUAGCAAUUGUUUGCCACGAUGACGCAUGUCAUCUCAAGCUCUUCGCGCUCCAGCAUCGGCGCAGUACUGCCAUAGCGGAGAGAUUGGCGACAAUGGAUUUCAUUGUGGAUCGCUUUCAUGCGCCUGGUCACUGUGGGGAAUAUUGCGCACAGCACUGCUUACCAACCAUUGAAGAAAACAAGCGAUUGCUUGGAACUUUCCCGACCGAAAUCGCAGAGAUCGUAAACAGUGAAAUGACCCCACUUGGUCAUACCAUUCACCACAUGGGCAAGUUUUUCACGCAACUUGUCGUCAGCGAAUGCACGGAUGUGCAUAAUCUAAGUCGCCUCCUGGCUUUGCGUGACAAGCAGCGGGCUGUCUAUGCUGGAAAGGUGGUGCACAUUUUGCAGUUCAGGAGGUGCCUAUUUUCAGUGAUGGAAGAAAUUUUUGUCAUGAUUGCGCAUGGAGGUGAGUGGCUUACAGUGACCGAGGCGCUGGCUGAGGAAAUGCUGCUGCUGGAAGCUCUCCUCCCGCUGGCCCAGUUCAACCUGAAGGCUAAGGUGGACCCAGUGGUCACUUGCAGUGAUGCUUCAGAGAGCGGCGGUGGCAUGUGCUUCUCAUCACGUCUGAGCUGGGCAGGGCGUGCAGAAGCAGAGUGGCUGGUCAAGGAAGGUCCAGAUAAGGACCCCCAGCGGCCAGAUGCCGAGGUCGUGUCAGAGCAAAAGAUUUUGGUCAUCGAUCUUUUUGCAGGUUUGGGAGGCCUGGAAGUUGCCCUGGAAAAGGCGGGAGUGAGAGUGCACCACUCACUGAUGGUUGAGAAGGAUGUGGACUGCAGGCGCCUGUUAAGGAGGAAAUACCCGGGUUCCGACUUCUGCAGCGAUAUAGCCAAGUUCAAUGAAGGGCUGCUGAAGAAGGCGAUGGAGAAGGUGCCGGGGCUCACUGGUAUCAUUGUGGGCGGCGGUAGCCCAUGCCAAGGGCUCAGCCGGCUUUCCUCGGAAAGGAGCCACCUUGAAGAUGAGCGCAGUGCCUUAUUCUAUGAGGCGGUGCGUGUGAUGGAAAUGGUGGAAAACAUGGCCUCGGAGAGGCGCCUCUGGAUCAUAAAGUUCCUGGAAAACGUGGUCCCGGAUGAGAGUGACAUUGAUGAGAUGUCGGCGGCCUUGAAGAUUCACCCUAUCCUGGUUGAAUCCGGAAAACUCAGCAGGGUGCGACGGCCGCGGCUGUACUGGCUGUCCAUACCAGUGGGGGACCCUGGGGACCCAAUGCGGGGCCAGGGCCCUUCAUACGAUGUGCUGAGGUUUCCAACCUUCACCAGGUCAAUUCCGCGACGUCGGCCUCCUCCUUGCCCAGCAGGGUUGGACAGCACAGACACCGUGACCCGUGACCGUUGGAAGAAUGACAUGUUCCGGUACCCGCCCUAUGUGUAUGCGGAGAGGUUUUUGGUCAAGGGCACUGAUGAGGUCCUGAGAACGCUGUCAGCGGCAGAAAGAGAGGUGCUGAUGGGGUACCCCCGGGGGUACACAUCCGCGCUUUUGAAAAAGAUGCCAGAGGGCGAAGAAGAACUUCAAAAUGCAGAGGACCUUCGCUGUGCAGCCAUUGGCAACUCGUUCCACACCAACACAGCGGCGGCCAUUUUUGACAAGGCCUUUGCCACCAUGGGUCUGAAAAAGGAGAAAGGAGUGCAGAAAAUUGUGGAUCAGUUUGUGAGCAGCUUGGAGGCCCCGCCGGAACCAAGCCUGGCGGAUGAAGCCCCAGUGUCAGAAGGGGAAGAUAUGAUCCUCGAACGCGAGGAUGAUGAGGAAAGUCUCAUUGGAGAGACGAUGCAGGCGGACCUGGAGCUGAAGGCAGAGAAGUUCCAGACGGAUGAAGAGCUAAGGGGCUCAGACGUCCGCUUGGACGUAGGGUCCCUGUAUAGGCCUGAUGCUUUCCCGAGAGGGUCGAUUGACCCGUCAAAGUGGCUGUGGCAUGUCGGUCUCGCUUACCGCUUCAAGCACAAGGAGCAUAUCAACAUCCUGGAGUUGAGGGCGCUGGUGGGGGCCUUUGAGUGGCGCCUUAGGGCAGCAGCGUUCUCACAAUGCCGGGCCCUGCACCUCACUGACUCGGUGGUGGCCCUCUCGGUGGCGGUAAAAGGUCGCUCGAGCUCCAGAUCGCUGAACAAGAUCCUUCGUCGGUUUGCGGCACUACAAUGUGCGGGCGGUAUUUACCCAGUGCUGGGCUGGGUGGAGUCCGGGGACAACCCGGCGGACGAGCCCUCCCGCCGCUAUGCCACAGAAGAACGCUAUGCGGAGGCGUUCAGAAGGUUUCGUUUGUUUCACAACCUGGGCAAGGAUUUUUGCAUUGAGAAUUAUGAAGAAUUCGAUGAUACAGUUGCAGAAUAUGUGGAGUUUUUGUGGGAAAGUGGCGAGCCGAAGAGCUAUGCCAACUAUACCCUUGCGGCCGUACAGUAUUAUCGGCCGCAGUCCAAGCAGCACCUACCAUGGAGCUGGAAGCUGGCAAAGAUUUGGAAUCAAGUUGAGAUGCCAGUGAGGGCGACACCCAUGUCUCCCAAAGUAAUGCUGGCCUUUGCGGGGGUAGCGUUACAAUGGGGCAAACCCGAGUUUGCAUAUCUAAUUGUGGUGGGGUUUGCCCUUUUCCUACGAACAGGUGAGCUGCUGCAAUUAGCUCCUCAGCAUGUCACGCUGUCCAGCAAGCUCGCAAUCAUUUUUGUUGAAGGCUCAAAAGGGAGCAAAAGGUCCUUUCUGCCAUUGGAAAGGCUGGAAAUCGAUGUGGGCGCCAUUGCAUUGGGGGGCCUUGAACGUGUGGCUGUGCUGAAGCACGAGGUCUUAAUGAAGCGUGCAGCGAAGGAGAGAGAACGAGAGGAAGCCAGACGGAAGGCGAAGGAAGCGAGAGAAGCGAAGGCGACCGCAGAUCAGGGCUACAUGGAGCAGGCUGAGCCGGAGGAGCACAAGAAUCCCAAGUGCCAAGAUCCUGAGGUUGUUGCGGCGUUUGACUAUCCCAGUGUUCUCCCGCUGUUGCCCGAGCCCUUCAAGGCCGGCAGGCUGCCGGCACCUUUGACCAGCACCUACGUCAAGAUGCAUUUGGGCAACAUACUGCCACAGGUUCUUGGGAACCUCACCCAAUGGACCACCGACAUCAGAGAAGCAGCGGCCAGACUUUUGCAGGUGGUGCUGGUGGUGGCAAACAAGCACAUCGCUCCCUUCUUGGAUGCUGUGUUGGUGCACCUCUACAAGGCACAGGCGGAUGAUGACCAAAAGGUGUCGAGCAUCUCGCGGUUGUGUGCCUCCAUGGUGGGUGUGUUCCUGGAGCCGGAGAUGGUGCUGGAAGUGGUUGGGAAGCAUUUGGGCUUGAAGCACGAAGGCCAGCGGAAGGGAACUUCCUUUGACGAGCUGUGGCCACAAGACAAACACGGUCGCCAGACAACUCGCACAGUGCAGGACGUGUUGUCGGGUGUGAAGAACUUUGCCGCCACCACGGCGGAAUCGCGACGACAAGUCUUUAUCGUCCUGGCGAAACUGCUUCACCCGACCUCCGCGACCUCGGGUGACUUUCAACGACCGCUGAAGAAGCCGGAGGUGAAGCUGGCCUUGCGCUUCCUGGAGGAAGGAGUCCGAAGUGAGCUGCUACCAGCUGUACUUGCAGCAACUGAGUCCCUGCUAAAAGCAGGUCAAGGUGCUUGCUUGGACGAUUGGCCACGAGUCUUUGAUCUCCUGCUCCGCAUGAAAAGUGGUGAGGAGUGCAACCUACAGACCGUGGAUGCCAACAUCGACCACCUAGCACGACUUCUCGGGAGGUCGCAGCUGCAACUCUAUGAGGAACAUCUCAGGAGUCGCUUGGGUGAGUUGCUGCAGGGGGCAGAUGGGGUGCUUUGGGAGGUGCUGAACCGUGGAUUUGGUGCUGAUACCAGCCCGAAUCGACACAUCCUUGAGACGCUGUCGCAAGCUCAUCACCGUGGGCGGCUGCGCAACGCUGGCGCCGCAGUGGCGGAGCACGUGGGCAAAUUGAUGCCAGUGCUGGCGCGGCAAGCGAGCCCCGAGGAUGCGAGUGCAUCGGCUCGGGUAGACCUGUUGGGCUUGGUGCACUUUUUGGUGAACGAGGAGGAUGAAGCGCUGGCUGAGGCGGUGAAAGAGAACUCCUUGGCCUUGCUGGAUGGCAUCCUCCUACCCAACUGCCUGGACAGUCCAACGGAAAGAUCCGAAGAGGCGGUAUGGCCUUGGGCCCCGGUGCUGGUUCUGCAACGAACCCCGGGUGAGGUCUGCGUCCACGCGAUCCUUCGGCGGCAUUUGGUGCCAGCAGCAGUUCUGAAUGAGGUCUUCGUGGACUUGAUGCCCAUCCUGAAGAGUUGCCUGGAUGAUAGUUGGUCUCCGGACAAUCGGAUGAUCGCCUGCCUGGUGUUGUCCUGCACGCUCUCGGACCUGCAGGCCGAAAUCAAUGGAGAGCAGCUCAGGGAGGUCUAUCCAGAGCUGCUUAAGCGAUUGGAUGACUCCAACGACAAGAUCCGAGUUGCUGUGUGUGAGGCUUUAGACGUGUUCUUCAAGUGCCUCCCGCACAACUGGAGCCGGAGUCUUUUCGAGUACAUCCUUCGGAACCUCUUCGUGCACUUAGACGAUCCAAACCCAGAGAUCCAGCAGGGUAUCUACACGGUUCUCCAAUCGGCAGUUCAUCAGGACUAUGCGACUUUCCUGAAGGAAGCGCAAAGUGCUGUGUCCAAGAGCUCCCACCCCCGACUGUGCGAAGAACUGGUGCGUUUGGCUGAGAGCCUGCAGACAUCAUCCUGUGAGGAGACAGUUGGAGAGCCGAGUUAA